AUUUCUGGUGUUAUCCUGAGAAAACACAUUUGUGGUGGAGUGGCUAUGGUUUCAUUACUGUAAAUUGAAAUGCUUUCUCUUUACAGUUUCUCACUCUGCAAUAAGCAACCAUUCUCACUUCCACAGCUUUCUUUAAUCUCCAAUAACAAGCCUAUACCUCUCAUUUCUCUCAGGCUACUAAAUGGAUAUACUUAUUUUUUCAAGAAAACAAGCACAAACCAAUCUUCUUCAUCUUCUUGUAUCGUUCAUGCAGCAGAGAAAGACUCACAGCAGUUUGAGAUAGACCCAGAUAGGGCCAGGGAGGCCCUUCAAAAACUUGAUCAGCAGCUCCAAGACCUCUCCAAGAAACAAGUCAACCCUCCAAAAAUAAAAGCUUCAGAAGUGAAAAUAGCAAGAGAUCAAACAACAGAAGAAGAGCCUGUGCCACAGCUUUCAGGAUCUUUCCUAGCACUUUUAACUACAGCACUCUUUCUUUUUACCAUUUUCUACAAUAUUCUAUACAUCACAGUCAUAGAACCAUCCACAGAUGGAGCAGAACCAACUCCUACUACUGAUCUGGAAACUAAAUCUCCUGAACUAGCACUUCUGCAACUGUUGCCAUUGGCACCUGAAAUUUUCUUGUAAUGCUCUAUAUGACGUUAAAUAUUAGUGAAAACAAAUGCUUAAAAGCAAGUUUCGGUUUUAAA